UCAACUGCUUUCCUUUUCUGUUUUCCAAAUUUGUUGUAAUCAGUACUUGUUACUUACAAAAUAAGAAAGAAGACGUGGCAAAAGUAUUAAAUUUGCACUUCAGAGUGAGAAUUUUGAUUUAGCUAAAGGGGAGAAUUUUCUGAUGAUAAUUUGCAGUGGGCCAAAAGAGAAAAAGGAGCUAUUUUUAAAACGUAGUGACAUCAUUUAUUCGUGUCUUGUCCAGAGAGAAAGACAGAAAAUAAUUGACUUCUCAAAAUUUCUUCUAAGCCUAAGAGUUCAUAAUUGUUACUGUUUCUUCUUUCCUCUUUCAACCAGAGUUAUAUACACACCUGGCCACACUGAUGAUCAUAUGGCCCUACUUUUAGAAGAGGAAAAUGCUCUCUUUUCUGGAGAUUGCAUCCUAGGGGAAGGCACAACCAUAUUUGAAGACCUCUAUGAUUAUAUGAGCUCCCUAAAAGAGUUAUUAAAAAUCAAAGCUCAAGUUAUAUAUCCAGGACAUGGCCCAGUAAUCCAUAAUGCCGAAGCUAAAAUUCUACAAUACAUUUCUCACAGAAAUAUCCGAGAACAGCAAAUUCUUACAUUGUUUCAGGAGAACUCUGAAAAGUCAUUCACAGCAAUGGAUCUUGUAAAAGUUAUCUACAAGGAUACUCCUGAGCAUUUACAUGAAAUGGCCGAACAUAACAUCUUACUUCAUUUGAAAAAACUAGAAAAGGAAGGGAAAAUAUUUAGCAACAUGGAUCCUGAGGAGAAAUGGAAAGCUCACCUUUAGUUUCAGCUUAAAGAAAGAUUGUGUGGUUCUGUUUGUAGAGAAUGGUAUGUUUUGUUAACUAUUAAUUAUUUACAGAGAAUAUAGCAUGUGGAACGUUGAAAAUAAUCCUAAAUAUACUUUAAAAUAACAUCAUACUUAUUCUAAAGUAUGUAAAUUACAUUUUGCACCUAUAAUAUUAGCUAUGUGUCUCACCUAGGUCUUAUAACAUUUUACCGAAAAUUCAAAAUCCAACAGUUUAUCCAUUUUCAAUACAUAAAAUAAGUUUCUUUUAAAGUUAUAAAAGUUAAUGUCAUUUAAACUGGAUAUUAUUCUUAGAGGUUAUUUAUCUAUUACCAGUGGUCAGUAAUACUGUUUUUUCUAGCUGCUUCAAUCAACAGCACAGGUUUCAGUGUAAUCCUUCCUUUUCUGCAACGUUUGUCUACAUCUGUAGAUUACAGGCUUGUUUUCAUAUUUCUAUCAAUUAUAUCAUGAUUAUAUAUCAGUUCUAUACCUCUGUAUCGUGUAUAUUUUCUCCUAGUGGCAUCCCACAAAUGAUUUAUAUAAAUCAACUUCUGGUAAUAGAAAAAUAUUAAAUUCCCAAUUAAAGUCAUUGUAAAUAAAUCAUUAUUUCUGUUAUCCAUUAGUACAACCAACUUACUUUCCAAAUUUAGGUUUUCAUAUAUAGUCAUCAGCACAUAUAUGAAUUAUAUACCAAAGUUUUUAAAAUUAGAAUAUUAUAAGACAGAAUUUUUUAUAAGAAGUGUUUUUAAAUCGUGGUUAGGGGACUUCCGUGGUGGCACAGUGGUUAAGAAUCCACCUGCCAGUGCAGGGGACGUCAGUUCGAGCUCUGGUCCAGGAAGAUCCUACGUGCCACGGAGCAACUAAGCCCGUGCGCCAUGACUCCUGAGCCUGCACUCUUAGAGCCCAUGAGCCGCAACUGCGGAGCCCGCAUGCCACAACUACUGAAACCUGCAUGCCUAGAGCCCGUGCUCUGCAACAAGAGAAGCCACCACAAUGAGAAAGCCACGCACCACGAUGAAGAGCAGCCCCCGCUCGCUGCAACUAGAGAAAACCCGCGCACAGCAACGAAGACCCGGUGCAGCCAA